UUAGAAGUGGUGACAGACCCUCGGUGUGUCAGGGCAGCAGACGACGGCUCGGUGGGCUACAGUCACUGGCUCCUUAACUCCUGAUAUUAUCACCAAAAUGCAAACAUCAAAUAGCAGUUCUGACCCAAGGAGGGUAGAUAAGAUUAUCAGGUAUAAACCACCAGCACAAGGAACCCCAGGGGCUCCUGGUGAAGACCCAACCACUGACUACAUGAAUGUCUUGGGCAUGAUCUUCAGUAUGUGUGGACUUAUGAUGAGGUUGAAGUGGUGUGCUUGGGUGGCACUCUACUGCUCCUGCAUCAGCUUUGCCAACUCCAGAGUCAAUGAUGACACUAAACAGAUGCUCAGCAGUUUCAUGUUGUCCAUAUCUGCAGUUGUGAUGUCCUACCUUCAGAACCCACAGCCUAUGACACCUCCAUGGUCUAAUAUAUAAAGAGCAUUAUAUAUAAAUAUGUUAGAAGUGAGCCAACCAAUAAGUUUUUAUUUAUUUUUUUUUCACUUUCUUGGGGUUGUAUUAUUAAAGGACAAAUUUAAAUUUGUAUUGUCUGAUCUGAUAUAUUAUGGUCCAAGACAGUGGACAAAAUAAAGAAAUGCAUUUUAAGUAUACAGCUGUGCCAAGAUAUUAAUGUUAUGUGAGAAUUAAAAGAAUGUUUGUCUAAAUCUUUAAUGGUUAACAAUUGUAUAUUUUUGAAUGUGUGAUGUACAGUACCUAAAACAACUAGCUGUGCAGGUGGGGAUCGAUGUGCUCCGAAAUUUUACGUGUGACAAGUGACAGCCCUCAUAUACCAAAAUUUAUCGUCCAUGGUCGUGUAUUGUUUCCCACAAAGUAUGCACAGAAAGUUGUUUUAGCUACUGUACAUCUCUAGUAUACUGUACAAUGAAUAAGUUUUAUACCUAAGAAUAUGAGAAAAUAUGCAAUGGAUUAAUUUUCUGUUAACUUGCUAUUAUCAGGAGGUAACUAAAGUGAAUACCUUACCAUUCCAUUUUAUAUUAUUACAUCAAAUAUUUACUAAAAGUGAUUUAUAUUCAACGUAAUACAGGCAGGUAACAUUUUGAUGUUUGCUUACCAGUAAUUGAUUUGUGUAAUUUUGUUUUUCACUUAAAAAUAAAACUUUCUAAUUCUAGCUGUUCUGGAGAAACUUUGAGAUAUCUCCUCAUGUGUUGAUAGUCUAUCCCUUGUAGAGAAAUAUUCUCUACUGUUUUUAUUGGUAUUUGGUUUUUCUUUCAUUCCUCAUCUGUUUGAUAAAUCCCAGUACUGUACACUAACCUUGAGAGCAGUUAUCUGUACUGUCCUUUAAAAUUUAUGUAUUGACCGUGUCUUUGUUCUUCUCAUAUUGCUAAUCUUUACUUUUGAUUGUAGUUUUCUUUGAAUGUUUAUGACUGGCCUGAAUAAUGAGUGAAAACUUGACUGAAAUUUCCUUGUUGAUUGUUUCUGUAAUGAUGUCUAUACCUGUACAGUUUGUAAUAUACAAAUCCAUUCACUUAUGCAAUAUGUAUACUGAAUGUGUACUUUUGUAUUUCUUAAUAAAUCCUUUCACAGAAA